AAAGUUGCCUGGGUAGCAUUGAAUUUCAAUAACGCGAAGUUACGUACUACGUUUACGAGUGUAUAUCGUAAUUUAGCGACACAUGUGGAAUACAAUACCGAAUAAUCCGAAUAAAGGUGGAGAACACCGUACGUUUCUGAUCGGAUCAACGAAAGACCUCGACGAUCGAGGGACAAAGUGAUUAUUUCAUUUUUCGAGCUAGUCCUUGUGAAAUUUUUCUCUUCUGAGACGCGUGAUCGCGGUUCAUGGGCAAGAUAGGUUGCCGAAAUAUUUCUUAAAACGUUCGAAAGACAGAGUGGAAAGGGAAGCAGAAUAAACGAAUACCGUUAAGCGUUCUCGUAAGCGUUGCUCAUCGUGGAUAGAAAUAAGAUACGUAUAAAGAACGUUAUAUUUUGGUUUGUAUGUAUUGUAUGUACAAUCUACAUAUAAUUUGCAAUACCAUACAAGAAUUGUACAAUACAUAUGUAGGUAAGAUUUUUUCCAAAUCUGUUGGAAAAAUCUGUUUAAAACGCUUUACUGUUUGUACAUACGUCGAAUGUGUUAUGAAAGUAAUUUAUUCGGUCGAUGUACAGUUAAUCGCCAUAUGUAAAUCGUUCGUGUUUGCGUCGAAGUGAAAUUAAUUUUUCCAAAAUCUAACGUUUAUUAUGAUAACGCGCAAAUAGGUGGUCGUUUUUGAAAGGAAACUUUAUCCGCCGCGUCGCAACGUAUCGUAAUCUUAUCCUGUCAAAAUUCAUAAUUGAUGCGAUAAAUGUAAGGUGAAGACCGAUUCCUUCUUUUUCACCUUUCUUCAUGCCCUCUCGAUGUACAUACCUAGAAAACCAUGCACACACGUACAAUGGUGUUCGCAUUCGUAAAUACAAUGAAUUCGUAAAUGAAUAGAAUGAAAUAUUUAUUAGAAUAGCCUCUGGUAUGAACGGUGCCGUCCGACCAUACGACCAUCCAUCUAUCCAUCCAUUCGACCGACCGACCGACCGAUAUCUCGGUUUACCAACUUUCUUCUUUCUUCAUCUUUUCGUUGAAAGACUAUGUAUCCCCUCUCUCUCUUUGGACGGUAUUCUUUCUCAGUCCGAUGCACUCGUCUCGAGCGCAAGGAUUCGAGGACAGUGGAAGAGGCAGUACGCGCUCGUUCAAGCUCCGAGAGACAGUAGAUAGAAAGGACAGGUGGCACGGGAAAAAGUACGGAUUGGCGCGCGUUGUCGAAAAAUACGAAGAAGAUUAAAAAUAAGAUUCGAUGGAAAGAAAAAUAAAAGAAAAGAGCGAGAUAUCGAAAUAGAGGUAACGAGAAGAAAAGUGAAAAAUAGGUAUCGCAGACGUAUUUUAUAGAUGAUGCUACACAUGUUAGAGGAAAUUAUCAAAGUUAAGAAGCGUUAAAGAAACGAAAAGGCAAUAAAGGAAUCGAAGAAGGGAAGAAAGUAGAAAGGCCGAGUGCGUGUACGAGGAUCAAAGUGUCAAUUUUCAUCCGCGACGCGACGUGUCAACGAUUUUCCAGCUUUUCUAUCACGCGCAUUCGAGUCGAUUCAGCAACCGGUUACCGAUAGAUCUUACCUACACCUAUUAUCAAGUGGUAAAUUUUGAAAAGCGAAGAAUUUGUUCGUAAUCCUUUACGCGAAUGCAACUUACCGAAGAAGAAAUAUGAAAAACAUGUCAUCGAAAAAUUUUUUUGCAACCCUUACGACGAUUGCGCUAUGGACGUGCAUAAAUUUCGGUGCGAGCUGGCCACUCGAAGAGAAUACAAGUGUCGCUGGUGCUAAAGCGUCGAUGAAAUUUUUCAAAACUAGCACGGUUCCUCCAUCGGCGCCGCUUACCACGAAAUCGAAGGAUUUGAAAAAGCAGAUUGUUCGUUCGAUCGGGAACGAUAAAAAAUCAUUGAGUCGGUUCGAGGCGAAUUUUCAUCGUUUGCCUCCUUCGCCUGCUAAUCUAUUGAAACCGGAUCGAUUUCAAUUCUACACGUACAACGAAAGAGGUGACAUGAUCACGAAACAGAUGACCAUGCAGGAAAUUCAGGCGUUAAUCGCGGGCGGAGGUCCGGAUCAUUCGAAUACGAACGUAGAGGUUGAAGAGCCUCAGAAGGUCGAAGAUAUAUUGACAGGUGGUAAGAAGGUAAUGGACGUUGUAGAAAAAGUGCAGAGCGUACUAAAAAGCGCGAUGGGUAAGCCAACAGCCACGUUAACGGGUUCGCUGCCAACAGUUCCAGAAAAGGCGAACGUCGAGUGGAGCAAUAUCUUACCCGCUAUAUUGGCCGGCGACAAGUACGGAGACAAGCUCGAAUCGAAUCAUUACACCGAAGUAGAGGCAACAUCGACGUCCGCGACCGUUGAAAAGUUGAAUUUCUUAUCCGAAUCGUUUCAGCCGAACAGAACGGAUCAAGUGAUUCCAUCGGAAGACAGGUUCGAAUCUACAGUGCGAAACGAAGCAGCGAUCGUACAGACCGAUAAUAAAAAGGAAACGCAAGAAAUGUUGUCAACGACCUCGUCGACGGAAAAAUUAAUGAUUCCCGUGGCUGUUAUUACGGCAGAAGAGAAUGCUCAAAUUGGCCAACGAAUCACUCAAAGUCCUGUUUUUCAGAAGAUCACGGAAAUCGCGUUGGUGCCGUUUGAAAACGCUUUGGACGAAAAUAAGGAUCGUCACGCGUCAACCGUGACCACCCGUGCAACGCCAACGAUUACGACCACGACCACGACCACGACCACGACCACGACCACGACCACAACCGAUGCUUCGCCGCCGUUGUUGUUGUUGUUGGAAUCCAUAUCGAAAGAGCAUAGUAACAAUAUUAUUACGGAGCCUGUAACCAGCAUGGCGUCCGACUCGAUAAACGGUUACAAAGUACGGCCUAAUUUGGAAAACGGUUCAAAAACAGAUUCGACAUCGUUACCGGAAUCGAACAAAAUCGAAACAUUCGUUACCAGCGAACCGUUCACGAUGACAUUACCAUCCUAUUCUUUCGCAACGUUUACCACGAGCAUAGACAAAUUUGUUCCACCCUUGCCAACGGAAUCGUUAAUCGUCGAUGCGUCGACCUCGUCGACAAGCCUAAGCGAUUUCGAUGCGACGCAACCGCCGCCGAAACCGUUAUCUAUGGAACUGGUAAAUUCGUUGUCGAGCGUGAUCAAUCAGGUAUCAGAAACCGUUUCAUCCGUUUUGCCUAUUUCUUCGGGUUUCGAUUCGGUAAUUAAUUCUCACUAUGACGAAAAUGAGGAAAAUGAGGAAAAUGAGAAAAAAAGGAAUAACGUUUCAGAAAUAUCGACCGAUAAUUUCAGAAAUACAGCACCGAUAAUUCAUAGCACUAAAUUUCCUCUGAUUCACGAAGAAACAGGAGCAAAGGUUGACGAGGAUGCAUUCCAAGAUGACGUUCCAGGUCGUUGGACCGUUGAGGCGACAACAAAAAUUCAACUCGAUCAAGAACAGAGUAGUUUUUCAAGUAUGUCUACCACGUUAUCGUCGCCGUACUUAUUGUCGUCCACGAACAUGGCUAAUUUUAUAGAAACGAACAAACAUUCCGAUGUUUUAACGAAAUCAAACGUUACUGCUACUACUUCUCAAUUUCCAUUGAAUUCAACGAAAACAAGUACGACAAUAAGUAGGAACGAAACGAUGUCUUCUUUACUCGUUACAUCUGAACGUAUUACAAGUGAAACGGUGACAUCGAGUCCUUUCGGUUGGUCGAACACGAACCGGACGAAACCCACAGCGAUCGUCGACAACAUACUCGAAACUCUUUCUACCGAGGUAAAGACACCUGUUGUUAUCGAAGCGCUUACAUUACCAUCUAUUUUACCGAAAAAUUCCUCCAUAAACACUUUAGCGAGUGGACUUAUCGCCGGUUUCGAAUCAGCUGGUUCGAACGAAACGAUGCUUUCGAACACGUCUCCCGCUUCUACUAAUGCUGAAAUUUCGUUUAACGCAAAGGAAACGCAAAUAGAAAAGCAUGCGUUGAAAUUGACAGAGGAAAGCUCGAUGAAAUCGAACGAAACCGAUGAAAAUAAUCACGCGAUAAUCGAGAAUCAAUCGACGAAUUCGCUGAAAGAAACGGCAACUGAAAUGCAACUGGAAACAACAACAGUCACGCGAGCAACCAGCGAAUAUCCCGAAGGUGAAAUCGAGUUCAGUACGAAAAGUAUCGGUACCACCGAUAUCGCGAUCGCUUCUAUCGCGGACACAGAGACGUCGAUGACGAGCUCGGCUAAUACGAAUUCGGUGCACGUUGUUACUACAAAGUCGGACCUGGAGAAUACUCUUAAAAUAGAUCCGACCGAAUCCAGUGUAUCGAACGUCGUAAUUCCAAUCGUUACAGUCGAAAAAGUGUUGUCACAGGAAGCAUUGAAAAUGAACGAUACAACUUCUCCGAACCGCAUAAACAACUUGGCAUACGGAGAAAACACAUCCUCGACGAAACACAUGGAUGAAAUCGUUGAAACGAACACGCGUAAAACUACCCUUUUUUCCGUUGCAAAUUCACCCGAAACGGAAGAAGAACCACUAGAGGAACGGUACGGGGAGAAAAAGCACUCAUACGGGAAUUUGUCGAGUUCAACAACAGUUAUUAACGCAAUUUCCGAAGGUUCGUUUUCGUUAGGAACGUUGAACCAGCAAAGUCAGAAUUGGAACGUUCUCAACGAGAAAGUCGUUUCAAACGUUACGGAAGCAGAAUACGGAAUAAGAACAACCAUUACAACCAUUAGAACGAUACCCAUUCUGUCGAACCCAUCGAACAACGAAAGUAACCACACUUUGAAUACAACCGAUCGCACAAAUUCGAUUACCGAGCAACUCGACCCGAACAAAGUGACGUUCGAUUCGACGAAAUUGAACGGAUUAAAAAAUCAAACGGUACAGUCAAACGAAUCGGUCGAGAGCGUUCACGUGAACUCUAAUAAUUCCGUGAAUGUUCCUCACGAGUCGCAGCAGCAUAUAUGGCAACGAAUAUCAUUACAUCAAACAACUCCAAUCUCUUCUCCUCCUUCUUCAUCUUUUUCUUCUUCUUCAUCCUCUUCUCCUUCUUCUGUUAUUUCUUCAUCGACGAAAGAGUGGAUCGUGGCAAGCAAGAAACCAGAAACAAUACCGGAAUCGACGACGCCGUUCGAAUUCGAUUUCACGAAAGAAAAAGAAAAAGAAAAAGAAAAAGAAAAAGAGACGGGAUCGAUGGUGGCGUUGAAUGCUUCAAAGAUUAUCGGGGGAUUGGACAUCAGCACAAGAAACGCGAGCACCGAUAUUGUACAUUUUUCCAGACUUUGCAACGAACUGGCGUUGAAAUUUUGGACAGCGGUGAACAGCGGACCAAGUACCGGAAGAUCUCUGGUUGUUUCGCCGUUCGGUAUGAUCAGUUUAUUGGCGAUGAUCUUUCUCGGUGCUCGGGGAUCAACGUCCGAUCAAAUGAACGAAAUACUCGGACUCGACAACGUCGCCACUUUCAAUCCACAUUUAAUAUUUCAAAACGUGACGGACACGGUGAGCCUAGCGAGACAUCAAGGUAUCGCGAACGCGGCAUUCGUCCGCGAAUUGUUCGCGGACAAGGCCAAGGUUAGAAAGCUGUUGCCGUUCUACAAAGAACAAGCGCAACAGUUUUACGAAGGAUUAGUAGCCGAAGUAAAUUUUGCCACCAUCAGCGAUCUAACCCGUCGACGAACCAAUCUGUUGAUCAGAAAGCAAACCGGGGGCAGGAUAAAGGAUUUCGUAAAGAACAAUGCGAUUCCAUUGAGGUCACCUUUAGCUGCCAUAUCGGCAAACGUAUUUCAGACCGAGUGCAACGCGAGCACGAUCAGCGCAACUGGUCGUGACGGAGAACUGUAUUUUGCUGUAUCCUCAUCGGCACAUAGGCUGCGAAAAUUGAUCCCAGUGCCGGCCGUUGUAUGGCGAUCGAACGUACUCGCUGGCUACGAGCCGAAUUUGGAUGCGACCGCGGUCGCUCUCGGCGAUGUCGGCAAAAUCGUUUCUACGAUAUUCCUUUUGCCCGGUCAACAGGGUCACGUCGCGCCAGGGGACACGUUGGAUCGUCUCGAAGAAAGGCUCGUCAAAGGAGCAUUUCGAGAUGGUACUUGGAACAAACUUCUCAAUGUACUUAUACCAAGAGCUGGUCUCGAACUGCAAAUACCGAAAUUCACUCAUCGAUCCGUUGUGAACGCUACAGCCGCUUUAAAAAGAAUGGGCUUCGAUCAAUUAUUCUCAAGUUAUGCCGAUUUCAAAGGUAUCAACGGAAUUGGUAAUCGUCUCUUCUUGUCCGAUGUUCUACAGAUGAAUCUAUUCGGUACAUGCGGCGACGAGAAUAUCGCCAACGGACGACAUCACGUGGAAAUCUAUCCAGCGAGUCCGUCUUUGCGAUAUUUCCGGCACGAUAAACCGUCAAACGUUGAACAACUCUCGGUUCGGGUAAACGAGGAGGUUUCGUCCUCGUCGAGGAACGAUAGUACGGUACCAAUGGGAGGCCCGAUAACGGGAAACGUAAAGAAAUCAAAAGACAAACCGAGAUUAAAGUUGGAUCAACCGUUUCUUUAUUUUGUACGACAUAAUCCGACUGGUCUCAUACUUCAUAUGGGUCGUUUUAACCCAAGAUUGUUAUAAAAAUGGAUCGUAUCGCGACGUUAUUCGACAAAAUCUUGCGCAAUCGAAGCAAGAACGGCCAAAGCCGUUUGAAUUUUUCUUUUCCUUACAUCAACAUUGUCGACAUAUCGUUUGAUUAUAAUCAGGCAUUUUCAGUUCGACAAUGCGUUUUCGUUUAACAUCGUUUCUGAAAAAGUUCCUUUCGAAUCGCGUACCAAGUACGAAUAAGACGCGACAUGGCUCGAACACGUCGAACAACGAUAGAACUGGAAACGACUUGUGAAUUCUAAUUGUAUACUUGAGAUACAUAUUUAUGCGUGGACACGUGUCUUAGGUAGAUUAAGAUGCGUCCUAAUGAUAUUAAUAACGCUUUAUUGUUACGAACGGACAAAAUUGAUGAAAAAGAUAUGUGCACGAUCGAUAACAAUUUUUCAAAUCGAUACACACUUUUGCGAUAAUAUACCAUAUCCGAGAUUCUUACAAUAUGUAGUAGACAGUGAGUGUGUUUCUUUUUCUAUUGUUUCUUUUAUUCGUUUCUCUUUAUUAGAAAUAUUACAUUUACCAUUGUAUAAAAUGUCAUAUCGAAUGUAAUGUCGUUUUAUCAUGCCACCGAUUGGUGAUUAUUAAUACGUCUUUUCACGAGAAAACAGAGGAUAAAUGUAGAUACAUACAUACAUACAUGUAUAGCUCCUUCCUCAGCCUUUUCAAUUCUAUAAAUGUUCAACAUUUUAUUCAUUUUACUGAUCGUGUACUCCUCUGUUCGAAGUGACGUUCGUUGGCCAUUAAACGUGAUGGCGACGUUGUUGCGUUUCCUCGAUUCGAAUUUGAACUAAGUCCCUGUAAAGAGUACGAUUAUAAAUUGUGUAAUAAUUAAGUAGAUAAAUCAACAUAUAUAAUAUACAUGAUUCAAUGUUAUCUUCUGCGCAAAAAUACUCGGGCCGACAUGAAUGGAGUGUACGGACCCCGAGGAAAAGUUGUCCUUGGGAAAGCUAUCUUCGCGGAAAGCUCGACAUCGAAAAAGCUUGUUUUGUAAAUUGUAUUCAGACAUAGAAUAAGGAAUACGUAGAUUUGCCAACGCUAAUUGGGACCAGACACAGAAUAGGGAAUACAUAUAUGUAUGUACCUUCCACCGCAAAAAGUUUUUUCGAAGAUCUGGAAUCUUGUCUUGAAAACCAGGAAAAUUUUGUUCAAAAGUCGGUAAAUUGUCUCGAAAAUGUGGAACCAUA